AUGUUGCUCUUGGAUUAUCAAAAUGUUUUGAUUCAAUCGCUGCUCACUGAGCGGUUCUCUGGUGCUCCCCCGGUCUCCAUUGAUCAAGUGGCUUCUGACUUUGACGGUGUCACCUUCCACGUCUCUACCCCCGAGUCCAAAACUAAGAUUCUUCUCUCUAUUCAUGUUAAAUGCUUUAAGGAGCUCGUCCAGUAUGGUGCCCAGGAGGUGCUUGAACGGGAAUACGGCCCCUACAUCGUGACACCCGAGCCUGGCUAUGAUUUCUCAGUACAGGUGGAUCUUGAGGACUUGCCUGCUGAGCAGGAGGCCCGUGAUGAGUUGAUCAUGAAGCUUGCUCUGUUGAAGCGCAAUGCCAUGGCAGCUCCCUUUGAGAGGGCAUUCGAUGAGUUCAACAAGCUUGCGGAGGAAGCUUCACGGUACACCUCAGAGUCAGCGCCACAGGGUGUGAAAGAGGGUGGAGAGGUGAUGGCUAUCCACUACCGUGAGGAAGAGGCCAUUUAUAUCAAGGCUAGCUACGAUCGUGUGACCGUGAUCUUCAGUACUGUGUUCCGGGAGGAGACAGAUCGCAUCUUUGGCAAGGUCUUCUUGCAGGAAUUUGUGGAUGCCAGACGUCGUGUUGUGACUCUUCAAAAUGCCCCUCAAGUGCUAUUCCGCAACGACCCCCCACUUGAAUUGGAGGGUGUCCCUGGUCUGCUGAAUGCAGGCGAGGGUGAGAUUAGCUAUGUUACAUUUGUUCUGUUCCCUCGACACUUGACUCCCCAGCGCCGUUACGACAACAUCUCCCAUAUCCAGACCUUCCGUGACUACUUCCACUACCACAUCAAGGCCUCAAAGGCUUAUAUUCACACCCGAAUGCGUAAGCGCACAGCAGACUUCCUGCAAGUUCUUAACCGAGCCAGGCCCGAGAAUGAAGAGCGUGAGCGGAAGACAGCUAGUGGUCGGACAUUCCGUGUGCAAAGCUAG